UCUGAAGCAAACAGAAGGUAGAUAGAUAAAUGAUUAUGCGAAAAUCCGCGAAGUGCGUUGAGUAAAUUUGUGAAAUUUCGUUGCACAAUGGAGUGAAACCUGCAGUGUGCAUUAUUCCAUUCGCUUCCUUUUCACUCUUCUUUUUUUUCUGCCGUGUAUCGGGAAUAUUGAACUGAUCAAUAGGCAACCACCAAGACGAGCGAGAUCUUUGUGUAGCUCCCUACUUCUCCAAGCGCAAGCGAAGCUGUCAGAAUCCGGAGCCCACAGUCACCCACAGUACCGUAAUUUAGUAUAUAGUGCGAACUCUAUGUAGGUAUAUAUAUAUAUAUAUAUGUAUACAUAUAUGCACUUAUACAUCUGCAAGUACGUGUCGGUGUGCAAGUGUAAGUGUGUGUUUUUUUUGUUCCUGUGAUUGUCCACGAAUUCCUUCAGCUGCUGCCCUUUUUUUUCCCUCUUCACGGUGAUGAGAUGUUGUUUCGGGCGUACUUCGGAACCGCUGGAGUUGUCGUUUUGUGUGUGUGACCCCUAGCAAUCGGCCCGCAACUGACGAAUUGACUCUAUAAGAUGGAAGACAGUGCAGAAUCAAGCUCUAACCCCAUUUCUCAGGGGUGUGGCCCACAUACACAGAUCUCCAUCCAUAUCAGCCCCACAACUGGGGGUGAUUUCUUCCUCACUGUUGACCCAGACAUCACAGUAGAUAAUCUGAAGAAGUUGGUAUCGAAGAAGCUCAAAGUCCCACGGGACAGGCUCUGCCUACUCUUCAGGGACAAGCAACUCCAAGAGGGCAAUCUGACACAGCAUGGUGUGGCCGAUGGUUCCAAAGUCACAUUACUGCCCAAUGUAGAGACUGGACUUGUUACCCAACGUCCGGAGGUGGGCAUAAUGCAGGCUUUGGAGUCGCUGAACGACACACAGGUAAACGAGUUCCUAUGCGGCAAAGCGCCGUUGAACCUUAGCAUGCGUCUGGGAGAUCACAUGAUGCUGAUCCAACUGCAGCUGAGCACCGUUUCGGGAGCAAAGCCGCCGCCACAGCCUCCGGGCAGCCCACAACCCUCGCGUCCCCCUAGCCUUAUACAGGCGUCCAGGAACCUUCAGCACACGCUCCGACGACUGUCAGCAGAUGUCUUCUCAGGCAGAGGCGAUGACAGUCCGAGGCAACGUAAGCAUCAAAGAAGACACGAUCAUAGUCGCAGAAGCAGUGUAUACUCGGGCACGUUCAGCGGCGCCCUAAAUCCGGCACUGCAGGAUCCAAAAGGCAGACCUAGACGCGACGUCGCGACCAUCGUGCACAUCCUUAAUGAUCUCCUGUGCUCGGCGCCGGACCUCCGUCGCGUAAGACGGAGCGUCGACGAAGCGUCCUCCACAUCUUCCGUCAUCGAGCAGGACGAAGAGCCAGCUCCCUCAACCUGCAGCGAGGAUCAGAACCUCCGCACCAGGGGCAAGCUGGAGCAGCUAAGACUGGUCAUGGGCGAGAGAAGGGAGCGCAGACGCCAGCGCAAGCAGAAACCCUAUUCCCUGCCUCAAAGUGAUAACACAGACACUGUUACUGCAUAAAUUACACACUCCUUGUAUAUAGUUUUAUUAUCUACUUACAUGUGCAUUUCUAACUUGUUUCCCCCCAGACCACAAGCUUCGACAGAUUCCCAAACUGUCGAUUAUACCCCCGUUUUCUCCCCCCUUAUAUUUUUCUAUCCCUUAAUUAUUUUUAUUUUUAAUUCUAGUGUAAGUUUAUUAAUGAUUUAGCAUUAAACAGAAGAAAUACACAUUUCAAUAAUUUACUUUA